CGCGAAUCGGCGGUGCUGCUUGUCUUGACUUUUAAUGGGAAGCGGACGAUCUUUUGACCUUUUCACAGAGGCUCAAGGAAUACGUCACCCCCGUCUUUAUCCUUUACAGUUUGUACGCGUCAGAUCCUGGAGAUAUAAACUCCAUCCAAUUCAAAAACAAAGAAAGUUGCGCGAGAGCUUUUGCCCUCAGUACAAAUCAUAAAAUCGAAUCACAUUCUCAUUCAGAAUAAUUUGCGUCUUGUUUUCCAUCCUAGGUUUUCUAAAGCGUUAGGGGAUUGAUGCUUCUGAGAAAAGAUGAAGUUCUGCAAGACGUACCAGGAGUACAUGCAAGGGCAGGAGAAGAAACUACCUGGGGUUGGCUUUAAGAAGCUCAAGAAGAUCUUGAAGAAAUGCAGAGUGGACUAUCAACCCCAGAAUCAGGAUGCCCUCAUUGACGAAGCCCACGCCCACGUCGUCGGAACGUGCCCCGAUCAUUGCCCCGUGUGCGAUGGGACGUUCUUCCCUUCACUUCUCAAUGAAAUGUCAGAAGUAGUAGGCUGCUUUAAUCAGCGAGCGCAGAAAUUACUGGAGCUACACCUUGCUUCUGGCUUCAGAAAGUACUUGUUUUGGAUCAAAGGAAAAUUGCGAGGAAACCACACCGCUCUCAUUCAAGAAGGCAGAGAUCUGGUUACCUAUGCACUGAUCAAUGCCGUUGCUAUUCGAAAAAUACUCAAAAAAUAUGACAAGGUUCAUUAUUCGAAGCAAGGCCAAUUGUUCAAGUCUCAGGUCCAGAGUAUGCAUAUGGAAAUUCUUCAGAGUCCUUGGUUUUGUGAGCUGAUGGCCUUGCACAUCAAUCUAAGGGAAACGAAGCCUCAGCCCAGGCACGCAGCUGUAUUGUUUGAUGGAUGUUCUCUUACAUUCAAGGAUGGAAAACCAUCAAUCACUUGUGAGCUCUUUGAUUCAAUCAAACUUGAUAUCGAUUUGACUUGUUCUAUAUGCUUGGACACGGUAUUUGAUCCGGUUUCUCUUGCCUGUGGCCACCUAUUCUGCUACAUGUGUGCUUGCUCAGCUGCAUCAGUCACUAUUGUUGAUGGACUCAAGGAAGCCAAUCCUAAAGCAAAAUGUCCUCUUUGCCGAGAGAGUGGUGUUUAUGAAGGUGCUAUCCACUUGGAAGAAUUGAAUAUUCUGUUAGGGCGAAGGUGUCAAGAAUACUGGGAAGAAAGACUUCAGGCGGAGAGGGCAGAGAGGCUUAAGCAGAUAAAGGAGCAUUGGGAAUCAGAGUGCAGGGCUGUAUUGGGCGUCUAAGCUUCUGGCUUUGGUUGGGUUAAACAAUAGUUUUAGGCGAAAUUAUGUAAAUGCCCAUUCAACCAAUUUGCUGAAUUUCAUUUAAUGUGGAUCUUCAGUUUGUUCAGCAUUGUGUCUUGGAAAUAAUGUCGUCUUCUUUACCUUGGAAAUAAGGCACAGAGGAGGCAGGUUCCAUGGCAUCGAUGUAGCUCAAAUCAUUGGUCGAGAACCUGCCAAGUUAAAGCCUUUUUUUUUCCGGCCUGAACCAAGUUAAAUCCUUGCUUCAUGCUUAUUGGCAUACUGAAUUGUUCUCCUCUUUCGUUGCAGCUUGACUUAUAAUUACCUAGUGAAAUGUUGUCCUUAAUUGGAAGAAUUACCAUGUGGUUUCAAUGCAAGAAAAUAACUACUAAAAAGUCCUCAUUGAGAAGUUAUCAUUUACUAUAUUGAAACUACUUGUUAUAUUUUUAACAGCA